AUGAACAGUGCCACCCAGACGGAAUGCACGCGUCCAGGUCUCCGCCGACGGGCGCUUGACUUCCUCUUCUCCUACGCCGCGCUACUUUUGCACGAGAGCGCUUUCCGUACCGCCCAACACAAGCAUCUACUGCCGCCAGAGGUAACAUGGUGCGGAUGGCGGAUGCUCGUCGAGCAGCUGGACACGGAACACAUCUACCCCCACAUCGACCCGCGUUUUGUCCACGGUGAGCUGCGUCUGAGUCGCCUGAACAAGAUAUACGCCCUGGCACGGACGCUGAUGCACGGAUACAUGGCUCGGAUCGUGUACAUCGCCAUUGUCCUGACUGCCAUGCAGGUCGGGCUGGCGGCGAAGUCCCUUGGCCACAAUAAGACGUUCUAA